AUGGCGAGAAAUUUACAAAAGCGAACACAAACUGAAACUAAAACACGCCGUGGUCGACCGCGGCAACAACCAACAACACGAACUUCGCAACAACAAAAAAUAUGUCGGGGCCGUGGACGUCCGAGAAAAGGACAACAGCCAGUUCAUCCUCCACCACCGCCACAAUCACAAACGCAAUCAGUUCCUCUUUCAUCUCCGUCGCAAACGCAAUCAGUUCCUCCUUCAUCGCCGUCACAAUCGCGACCAGUUCCUCUUUCAUCUCCGUCGCAAACGCAAUCAGUUCCUCCUUCAUCUCCGUCGCAAACGCAAUCA